ACGCCUGUGUGCAUUUACGGUGGGGGCGUGGCCCAGCCGGGGCAUAGCCAGACUGCGCGGCCGGACGCCGGCGCCAUGGAGGAGUACGCUCGGGAGCCUUGCCCAUGGCGAAUUGUGGAUGAUUGCGGUGGCGCCUUCACUAUGGGUGUUAUCGGCGGUGGAGUCUUCCAGGCCAUUAAGGGCUUCCGCAAUGCCCCUGUCGGAAUUCGGCACCGAAUGAGAGGCAGUGUCAACGCUGUGAGGAUCCGAGCCCCUCAGAUUGGAGGUAGCUUCGCAGUGUGGGGGGGCCUGUUCUCCACCAUCGACUGUGGUCUGGUGCGGCUGCGGGGCAAGGAAGAUCCCUGGAACUCCAUCACCAGUGGAGCAUUGACCGGGGCUGUGCUGGCUGCCCGCAGUGGCCCAUUGGCCAUGGUGGGCUCGGCAAUGAUGGGAGGCAUUCUGUUGGCCCUCAUCGAGGGUGUUGGCAUCCUCCUCACUCGUUACACUGCCCAGCAGUUCCGCAAUGCACCCCCAUUCCUGGAGGACCCCAGCCAGCUGCCCCCUAAGGAGGGUACCCCGGCCCCAGGCUACCCCAGCUAUCAGCAGUACCACUGAGGAAGUGACCACCUGUCAUCGCCACCAUGGGAGCUCCUCCUCGGUUCCCUCCGCGAUGAUCUACCUCGAAGGGAGGGCUGGCUCCCAGUUGGCCCUGGGACCCUCCAGAGAGGGCCUCUACUCUGUUCCCUUAUCCCAGGUUGGGGGUGGGGCACCCCAGCUGCCCUGAUGGAUGGGUCCCUUCUCUCUCAGGCACCCCAGCCCCCACUCAUAUGUAACAAGCUCUCACCCCAGUCCCUUUGCAUGGUGCCCUGAUCAGUAUUUAAAGCCAGUUUUGAAAUGCC